CGCGGGGCGCCUCUCUGGCAAGGCCCCUGCCCCCGCGCGUUGCCGGGCAGGGCUGGACGCCGCCUGCUCCUCGCCCCCCGCCCUCCCUGAGCCGGGCCCUGGUCUUUCUCGGAGCCGCCAUGGGCUCGGAGAUGGAUCCGCUGCUCCUGGCCUGGAGCUAUUUUAGGCGCAGGAAGUUCCAGCUCUGCGCCGACCUGUGCACGCAGAUGCUGGAGAAGUCCCCUUAUGACCAGGAACCAGAUCCAGAAUUGCCAGUGUCUCAGGCAGCCUGGAUUUUAAAAGCACGAGCACUAACUGAAAUGGUGUACAUAGAUGAAAUUGACGUAGAUCAGGAAGGAAUUGCAGAAAUGAUACUGGAUGAAAAUGCUAUUGCUCAGGUUCCACGUCCUGGAACAUCUCUGAAACUCCCUGGAACUAAUCAGACAGGAGGCCCUAGUCCAGCUGUCAGGCCGAUCACUCAAGCUGGAAGACCCAUUACAGGUUUCCUUAGACCCAGCACACAAAGUGGAAGGCCAGGCACUAUGGAACAGGCCAUCAGAACACCCAGAACUGCCUACACAGCUCGCCCUAUUACCAGCUCAUCUGGAAGAUUUGUCAGGCUGGGAACGGCUUCCAUGCUUACAAGUCCUGAUGGACCUUUUAUAAAUUUAUCUAGACUGAAUUUAACAAAAUAUGCCCAGAAACCUAAAUUGGCAAAGGCUUUGUUCGAGUAUAUCUUUCAUCAUGAAAAUGAUGUUAAAACUGCUUUGGAUUUGGCUGCCCUUUCCACAGAGCAUUCUCAGUACAAGGACUGGUGGUGGAAAGUGCAGAUUGGAAAAUGUUACUACAGGUUAGGAAUGUAUCGUGAAGCAGAAAAACAAUUUAAAUCAGCCCUGAAGCAGCAGGAAAUGGUAGAUACAUUUCUCUACUUGGCAAAAGUUUACAUCUCAUUGGAUCAACCUGUGACUGCUUUAAAUCUUUUCAAACAAGGCUUAGAUAAGUUUCCAGGAGAAGUAGCCCUACUUUGUGGAAUUGCCAGGAUCUAUGAGGAAAUGAACAACAUUUCAUCAGCCACUGAAUACUACAAAGAGGUUUUGAAACAGGACAAUACUCAUGUGGAAGCCAUUGCAUGCAUUGGAAGCAACCAUUUUUACUCUGAUCAACCAGAAGUAGCUCUCCGGUUUUACAGGCGACUCCUGCAGAUGGGUGUCUAUAACUGCCAGCUUUUCAACAACCUGGGGCUCUGUUGCUUCUAUGCCCAGCAGUAUGAUAUGACUCUGACCUCAUUUGAACGUGCCCUUUCUCUGGCUGAAAAUGAAGAAGAGAUAGCUGACGUCUGGUACAACUUGGGACAUGUAGCUGUGGGAAUAGGAGAUACAAAUCUGGCCCAUCAGUGCUUCAGGCUGGCUCUGGUCAACAACAAUAACCACGCAGAGGCCUACAACAACCUGGCCGUGCUGGAGAUGCGGAAGGGCCAUGUCGAACAGGCAAGAGCACUGUUACAAACCGCUUCAUCUUUAGCACCCCACAUGUAUGAACCGCAUUUUAAUUUUGCAACAGUUUCUGAUAAGAUGGGAGAUCUACAGAGGAGCUACAUUGCUGCUCAAAAGUCUGAAGCAGCAUUUCCAGAUCACGUGGACACUCAACAUUUAAUUAAGCAGUUAAAGCAGCAUUUUGCUAUGCUCUGAGUUUUCCUCAGACUAAAGAUAUUCUUAGGGAGGAACAUUAUGCAAGGGAAAAAGUAGUGUAUAUAUAUGUGUAGUACAGACCUGUGCUUGAUAUUAGCGAAGGUGACAUAAGGAAAUCUAAACCAGAAUGUUUAAAACUUUAUAAUAAUAACUUUAUAAGGUAAUGUUAUAAAAGACAGGAUUUAAGCAUUUGUAAGCAGAUUAUGAAACCUCCCACAUUAUAUGGUAGAUGUUUGUUUAUAAUGUUUACAAAACAUUUUCAUGAAUUUCCUCAAAUUUUUAUAAAUGCACAUUUUUAAUGUCCUGGCCAUUAGCUAUCAUGUAGCUUAAGAGGUCUGAAAUCUGCCUUUAAAAUUGCACUUUUAUGACUAAAAGUGUAUAUACUUGUCCUUGGUAGAGACUUUAGAGAUUAAAAUUUGUACUUAAAGCUAUUUUUUAUCAAAUGCUUUGUGAGACACUCUACUUUUUCUUAUAUAUUAUG